GUUUUCUGUUCGUUUGGGCGCUUGUCGUUGGUGGAGACUGCCAUGUUUUGAUAUUGAAAUGUCGCCUCAAUCCCCUUUACAGUGGUAAGAGGGGCCUGGACUGCGGCCUUUCUCGGUUAAGCCAUGAAAAAGUGGGGUCAUGGUGCCAACAGUGGUGCAACAAGCAGAGUUUUCCGCCCAAACAUGUCAACGUCGUUCGUCCAGCACGAUCAAUCAAAAGCAUCAAAAACGGCCUCAAAACGCGACUUUUUAUCAAAAAAAGUCGAUGGAACGUUGUCGCAGGCUUGAAUUUAUGUCCUGACUUUUUUUCGACGCGGCUUUUCCGCCGUUUUGUCGAUAUCCUAACACCAAACCCCAGACGGCACCAUGGCAACACGUAAAGUUCGCUACAAGAAACUCAACGUGAAAACCCCGCUGCCCGUUCUUCUAUUUUCCGAAAUCGAUCCAAACGAAUAUGAGGCCCUCAAGAACGAACAGAUCCAGACUGGCGUCGAGUCUGCUGAGGAAAAUGAAUACCAUCUGCAGGCUGUCCUGUCUACCACAGGUGUUGCUGCGGAUAAGGAAAUCCCUGUUACUCAAACGCAAGAGAGCAACAUCAACUAUGAUGAGCUGUAUCCCACCAAGUUUGUCGAACCGACAAACUAUAUUCGCUUCUCUCAAACUGUUGAGGAAUGCAUAGGUUGUCCAUAUGAUAUGACAGAGGAGGAUGAUGCGUUCCUUACUAAGUAUAACAAGGACCUGGCUCCCGGCACUGCCGCGCUGUCCGAGGAUGACUUUGAGAAAAUCAUGUUUGUGUUUGAGGACACUGCGUCAGUCCAGGCGCCUUAUGCGGCCGUCGACAACACAGUUGUCUCCUACGACCACAUGGUACCGCCACUGACAGAGCUGCAACUCCCAAAACUGAUGCUGCACGCCAAAGCCAUCUAUGAGCACUGGAAGGCACAAAGGCAGGCGAAAAAGGGGCCGCUUCAUCCCACGCUCAAGUUCGAGACCCACCAGGAGAGCGAUGAUCUGGACCCAUUCGUCUGUUUUCGAAGGCGAGAGGUUCGGCAGACUCGAAAGACUCGAGCUCGCGAUACGCAGAUUGCAGACAAACUGAAGCGGUUGCGGCGCGAGCUUGAGGAGGGCCGUGAGCUCAUAGCUUUGGCCCAUGGUCGUGAAGUAAUGAAGCGUGAAAUGCUACAUGUUGAUCGAGCAAUCUUUGAGCAAAGAUGCAAUGUUAAGAAGGUCAAAAUUAAACUCGGUAUCAAGACCGAUGAUGAGGAUCUUUACAACACAAAGCCUCAGAGGAAAAAGCCAGCAGAGGCACAACCCGUGCAACAACGGGCUGCUGCUGGACCGGCACGCGUCGCUCCUCGUAGCGAUACCCGUGCGUCUGACGUAGACCUUGGGUUGUUAUCAGAACUUAAGGCCCAACGAGAAGAGGAGAUGCGAGUGGACAUCGAAACAAAGAUUGAAAAUCACAAGAAGUGGAACGAGAAGUAUGUGGAUCUCACCAACUCAUCUUUGGCCGACAAUCAGCCCAAGACGGAGCAAGAGCCCCAAUCAAAGAAGUGGCGACCAGUCAAGGUGCAGUACUUGAUGACACCACCGAAUAGUGCGUCGGCGGAGGAUUUAGAAGAGCCUACGCCCAUGGAACUGGACGCACCAGAGCCUGCGCCUGUCCAUCGAUUCCAUGGACUGUCGGCGGAUGACGAUGAUUACUCACCAGAUCCAAUGGAGUACCGCCGUCGUGUUGGUCGUCUGAACAGACUCUGGGUGGACAGGCGGCCCAUCAAGAAGCAACUGGGUGAUGUUGUCCCGACGCGUUUCCCGGUCGUUAAUGAUCGAUGGAAGUAUGACUGUGACUCUAGCGACGACGAAGACUCGGUGUAUGAGGUCGAUCCUUUCGAUCUUCGUGCCCUCAAGUUUCGCGCUACCAUACCAUUAGGGUCAGCAGCACCGCGGCGCAUCGAGGGGUCUGCAGCGGCGUCUGUCGCAAACGGGACUGCACGGCCAGCACUACCAUGGUCCGGAGGUGGCCAGCCACCAUCCCAGCAACCACAGCAGCAGCAGCAGCAGCCACCACAACCACAACCGCAGGUGCAGCCGUCCGCCUGAUAGGCAUCGUGCUUUGGCUACCUUCAUCCGCCUCUAAUAUUUCUUCGCUUCUUGUUUUCUUUUGAGUUUAUACCCGAUCGUUUGCGAUGCCGGAAAAACAGGACAUGGCAUUUUUCUUCUUCUUUUGGGUUGCGCGGGCAAGGCGUUGGGUGUGUUCUGCUUUCGAUUUGGGCUUUUUGUGUACAUAGUCGUGAUAUGGACUGGAGAGGUGGUUGCGCAGUCGCUUUGCGGUUGGUGGUGAGUGUCAAAGCGUUUUUUUGGCAUAUCAGAUCUAGAGAGGCCAUGCCAACCAAAUAACACAACCGUCGAGCGCCUGCUGGCCCAUUCCUUCAUGCCUAGAUGAUAUCAGGUCACGACCCGGCCCCCGCUUCCCCGUGGCCUGUUGGUUGCCGGCAUUGCAUGGGACGCAGCCACGGGAGGAAGCUGUAUGUAUGUCGAGAGCUACUCACGGAAGCAAAGAAGAAGACAAUGAGACUAGUCAGGUCUCUCAACCCGGAGGACAACGGAGGGUGUCAGCAGACCCCAUUCUGCACGGCGGGUGCUGUCAUGACAGUCCUCCUAUGAAACGUUAGUCUCGUAGAUGCGUCGUAUGUUGCCGCAGGUGAGAUGUAACCUCAGCAGAAAGGGUCUUCAUGAGCAAAGCAUCCGGCGUCAGUAUGCUUCGGCGGCAUAGAAGAAAGUGGUGAGGGCGAUAUCUGCCUUGUCAGGUUGUGCGGUUGUUGAGUUGGACGGGGGCUUAAACGGGGAAGUGGAGUU